AAAUAAGUCGACUAGGAAAUCCAAAGUUAUCAAAUUCAAUAAAUUGAUUUGUAAACAAAUAUCCGAUUAAAACCUUCUGUAACUCCUAUCAGCAACCUUUUCAAGGAACGAAAGUUUUGUUGAUAACUUAAUACGUGGAAAUAAAAAUUUUAAGAUCCUUCUGAAAAUGUCACAAGGCUCUUGUUCUCGGCAUAACAACCGACGCAAUCAGCCAAAGCAAAAAAAUGUUGAAAGGUCGAAUUCCACCGACGAACAGAAUCCCGUUGUAAAAGCGUUCCAGGAAUAUGCGCGAGAGUUGGACAGCAAACAUGAUCGCUACGAAAGGAUAGUGAAGCUUAGCCGUGACAUUACCAUUGAAGCCAAACGAAUAAUUUUUCUAUUACACACUAUAGACGGUAGAAAAGAUAAUCGAACCAAGGUUUUGGAAGAAGCGGAGCAACGCCUUAAUAAAGUAAUUGAAUUCAAUUUUAAGUCUGUUGCCCAAGAGCUAAUUGGACAGGAUCCAUAUCAGUACCGUUGUGCAUAUUCACCUGGUCUACAGGAAUUCAUCGAAGCUUACAGUUUCAUGGAGUAUUUCAAAUUUGGCAAUGAGGGAACAGAUGCUUUAUCUGAUUGGAAUAUGUUACAAGAUAAAAUGGUGUAUGAAAAUAGUGGAAAAGAAAUUUCAGAAGAGACUGAUUUUUCGCAAAAAUCUGUUGACGAUACUAGUAACGACAAAAUCGAAAGUGCUCCCAUGGAUAAAGACAACAUAAACAAUUUUAAAUUUCUUGUCGACCCAACUGAAUAUAUACUGGGAGUAGCAGAUCUGACCGGAGAAUUGAUGAGACGCUGUAUAAACUCACUAGGAAGCGGGGAAACAGUUGUUUGUUUGGAGACUUGCAAAGUUUUGCAGCAGUUUUAUACUGGCUAUGUAAGUCUUAAUGUGCAACGCUGCAGAGAAUUGUCACGAAAAAUUUAUACAAUGCGACAAAGUCUUUUAAAAACGGAAAAUGUUUGCUACAAUGUAAAAGUGCGAGGUGGAGAAGCGGCUAAAUGGGGAGCUGUAUUUGAAAAUAAAAUUAGCGAUGAUCUCGAUGAAGGCUUCUAUUAAGUUUAAAAACCGUUUAAAUAUUUCGGUAAUAACAAUAAAAGAAACGUAUAUAUAUUAAAAAUUGCUGCACUAUUCAAUUAACUUUCUAAGAAAACGUUUCUACUCCAAGCAACAAUACUCGGCCUUCAUCGCUCUAACCAAAUUUGGUAUUGAGAAAUACACAGCACGACUAGCCAUUCGGACUUCAACUGUUUAGUUUUGUGUUGAUUCAUUCAUGAUUAUAUUAUUGCUAGUGCUACCAUUAGUAAUGUUUAUAAAUACAUAUGUAUGCUUUCACAAAAUAACAUAAAUUUUAAGGUACAUCAGUUAUCGCCCAAUUUUCUAUGUGCUUAGACUUAAUAAAAGAAUUUACAGCUAAUAAA